CCAUCCCAUCACCAACCAGCAAUCCAAUUCCCCACCACCAGUCCCCUCGCACCCUCCGGCGAACCACCGCACCUCUCCCCGGCGAAGCAACAGCGUCCGAUGGCCCCCAAGGCGGAGAAGAAGCCGGCUGCCGCCGAGAAGACCCCGGCGGCGGAGAAGACCACGGCGGGGAAGAAGCCCAAGGCCGAGAAGCGGCCGCCCAAGUCCAAGGAGGGCGGCGCCGACAAGAAGAAGAAGAAGGCCAAGAAGAGCGUGGAGACGUACAAGAUCUACAUCUUCAAGGUGCUGAAGCAGGUGCACCCGGACAUCGGCAUCUCCUCCAAGGCCAUGUCCAUCAUGAACUCCUUCAUCAACGACAUCUUCGAGAAGCUGGCCGGCGAGUCCGCCAAGCUCGCCCGCUACAACAAGAAGCCCACCAUCACGUCCCGGGAGAUCCAGACCUCCGUCCGCCUCGUCCUCCCCGGGGAGCUCGCCAAGCACGCCGUCUCCGAGGGCACCAAGGCCGUCACCAAGUUCACCUCCUCUUAGACUGAAGAUGCGUCCGUCAA